AUGUAUUCCAAUGGAACGUGCAAUGUAAAUGUGGAUAAAUUGGGAAGAAGCGACUGUGUUCAUCAGAAAAGCACUGAUCGAAGGUCGUUCAUCUACUCCACAGCAGAUACCAAUGGCGAACAAUGUUCGUUACGAAGCUUUUCUCUCGUCGAGUUGAAUUCUCACAUCGAUCAAUCGAGCGAAGAUUAUUUAAAUUUUACGACACAGCUACGAUGGACUAAUAGCACUUUAGCCACAUUCACUACUGAUGACGAAUGCAUUAACUUUCUUACUGUCAACAAAAACGAACGAAUCUUCGUUAUUCUAUCCGCUACGCUCGGAAAAACGAUCGUGCAUCGCAUUCAUAAUAUGCAUCAACUCGAUUCGAUAGUUAUUUUUGACAACAAUGAAACUUUGCAUCAAGAAUGGAUAAAAGACUGGCCAAAAGUGAGAGGUACACACAGUCAACUAACUUCAAUUUGCAACUUAUUAGUAUCAAUCGUGCAACAGCAUAGCCAAAAUGUUGUUCCUAUUAGUUUGGCAUCGGCUGAUAUUGGAUCGAAGACGAAUUUGGACGAACUUGAUCACACCUUCAUGUACACUCAGUUACUAAAAGAAAGUUUAUUAGAUAUUGACCAUGACAAGAGCGAAUGCGUCCACACGUUUGCUGACUAUUGGAGACAUCAAUGUCCGUAUAACACACCUGAAAUUGAUAAAUUUGAAAAAGAAUAUCCUCUUCACAGUCCAACUUGGUGA